AUGAACUAUUUUUACAACUUUUUUUUGAAAGCUCUCUUUAGUUUUAAUUUUCUACAAUUUAGAGCAGCUAUGAGGUAUUAGUUUCAUUAAUCAAAGAAUUAUUUGCAUGUUGAACUUAGCUUUAUUUAAAAUUAUUGUUAAUACUUUAAUUAGUAUCUAAAUUUAAUUCUUAAGAACUUUGGUUAGCUAAAUUAUUUGAAAUUUAUAAGUUUUGGUAUUCAAUAAAUUCUAUUUUCUUAUAUUUAGCAUUUGAAGUAGUUGGGAACAGUUUUAAUUUUUCUAAUCUUUCUUCUAGUUAUUUAAGAAGAUUCAUUUAUGAUAAAUUGCCAUAAUAUUUACCCGAUAGAUCUAUAUAUGUUCCAAUUCCUUAAAUACCAUAUGUAUUUAAUUCUUAAUCAGGAAAUGAAACAUUUAAAUCUUAGGUGA